UGCUUUCAUUUCCAUUUGAUAACUGUAAAUGGCUCCUGGUAGUGUCUCCCCCCCGGCCGCCAGGGGGGAGGGCCGGUGGUGUGGUGGCCAAUGAGCGGCGCCGCGGCGUUCAAAGCUUCCCAGGCCUGGCGCGGGACGGACCCCUCAGUGUUACCCUCAUUGUACAGUGUGCACGCCUCCAUUAACCAACGACUACCACCCCACCUUCUUCGCCAUGGCUCUGAGGGCAAGACAGCUUAACAAGAUGACGGACCAGAGCAUUGGGCCGCGCAAGGUGGAGGCCAAAGUGUACCAGGGCCCCACCUUGCACCGCACGGCCCUUGGGGAGAUGAGCAACAGCAACCUGUCACGCAUCAGCCUCAGGGGGUCUAAGGCCAUGGAACUGCUGAAGAAACAGACACAGCAGCCACAACCACCCCCAGCACCAGCACCAGACUGUGGGGACCCUUCACAGCUCAAGGGCCUGUCCAGGGCGUCCUCACUCUCCUUCAAGAGAUACAAUGGUAAGGAAAACAUUCAGCCCAAACCAGUACUGGAGAAGGUGAAGGAGGUGAACAAGAAGGAGGAGGAUGUGGUAGAGGAGAUGGAGGUGGAGGAGCUGGCCGUCGCAUUCUCCACCCAGAGGCUCAACGUGGAGGACAUCGACUCCCAGGAUGCCGACAACCCCCAGCUGGUGUCGGAGUAUGUGUGUGACAUCUACAAAUACCUCAGGACUUUAGAGGACAAUUCACCAGUCCAGCAACAGUACCUCGAGGGCCAGAUCAUUACCCACAAGAUGCGUGCCAUCCUCGUCGACUGGCUGGUGCAGGUCCAUCACCGCUUCACCCUCAUGCAGGAGACGCUCUACCUCACAGUGGGCAUCCUCGACAGAUACCUCCAGGUCGUGAGGAACACCCCCCGCAACAUGCUGCAGCUGGUGGGGGUGACGGCCAUGUUCAUCGCCUGCAAGUUUGAGGAGAUGUACUGCACUGACGUGGGCGACCUGUCCUUGAUCACCGACAAGGCCUACACCAAGCGGGAGAUCCUCGCCAUGGAGGUCAAGAUGCUGAAGGCGCUCAAGUUCAACAUCUCCUUCCCUCUGCCGCUGCACUUCCUUAGGCGGAACAGCAAGGCCGGCUUGGUGGACUCCAGGCACCACACACUAGCCAAGUACCUGAUGGAGCUGUGUCUGCCGGAAUACUCCAUGUGUCACUUCAAGGCGUCCAUCCUCGCUGCUGCUGCUCUCUGCCUCACACUCAAGCUGCUGGAUGGAGGAGAGUGGAAUGACACGCUGAUUUUCCACUCAAGCUACACGGAAGAGCAGCUGAUGCCCGUCAUGUGCAAGAUUGCCACCAUCGUUGUCAAGAGCCAUCACUCAAAACAACAGGCGGUGAGGCAGAAGUACGACUCGGCCAAGUUAAUGAAGAUCAGCAAGAUUCCGCAGCUGAAGUCUGACCUGAUAUCCAAGCUGGCCGAGAGAAGCGCCUCUUUCUCGUGAGUGUCCUGCGCGCCCUCGGAUGGACCCCCUGGCUCGCUUUGUAAAUACUAGUCUGUAGAGAAACCUGAUUUAUUUUGUACCUUCCUUGUGAUCUGUAUUAUAUAAUGAAGAUAAUGAUAUUCUUUUUGCGCUGUAUGCCAUAUAUAUAUUCUGUACUGAGGGUGGGUUUGCCGGUUCUUGCACACUCCUCCAGUUUUCUAGUUCUUGUUUCAGGGAAAUUUACGAUGGAAAAUAUGACGGAGGUAUAAAAGUUUUCAAAGUAAAGAUUAAUUUUUCUUUUAUUGAUUUUUUUAAUAACUUACUUACCUCUACUCAGUUUUCCAUAGGAGUAGUUUCCCUGAUGUGAGCACAGAUUGAAAGGGUGUGUGCAAUACUGUAAAAAUACCCACCCUUCUCGGGACUUGUUCUAUAGGUAUGUAUAAUAACUUAAGUGAGGCACUGUGAUCUUUUUUCACCGAUCAAAGCAUUGCUGCAUCUUCAUAUUUUACCAUCAGACAGGAAAGGAAAGAUUGGUAGCAGCAGUUCUCGGAGUAGCCAUACAAGAAGGUAGUGUUUUGUAUGGACUGGUUAUCUGUUUUUAUACUUUUUAAUCCAUAACUUCUUGUAUCCCGUUGGGGAGUUCUUUUUACAAGCUUUAGCAACAGUGUGUGACAGAGGGCAAGUGUGGGGGACUGGAGGCAUUAAUUUCCCCUGUGUUAUAAAUCAGAGUUAGAGAAUAGAAGAGUGUGACCAACUUCAUCACAGCUGCCAUGUUGUUAUCAGAAGAACCCUUAGUGAUGGACAUACAGUAGUGUUUUUUGUGCUUUUGGUACUUCUUCGAGAUUCCAACUAUACAUAGAGCACAAGAAAAGUAUUAUUGGAUUAGCAUCAGUCUGAAUUUCAUGUAGCUCUUUUUGUAACAAUGUGUUGCCUGUUAUGAAAGUGGCCAAAGUCUCCUGUUCUAUGGCUCUGGUAUGAAGUUCCUUGCUUGUCCUCACACUCUAAACAUACUUUUUAACAAUGGAUCUGUGAGUAGUCUUGUAGCAUCAACAGUACGCUCAUGGGAUUAGGGAAGGUUUGCCAGAAUAGUUUAUCUCUUUAGGGGGUAACUUAACUCUCCUGUCUUGGUCUUCAUCCAACCUUUACUUUUUACUUCUUAUAGUGUUAACUCUCCUCUAAAGUUCUUAACACAGACUGUCCAUCUCUUCCUGGGUCUUCCUACUGUCCUCCUUCCUCUAGAUUGCCAUAACUUGUAUAUCCAUGGUCAUUAUCUGUUAGUUCAUUGACUUUCAUUUAUGUACUUCAGAUAAUUAAGGUCUUCAUGCAUCUUUUACUCUUUUUUUCUUUGAGUGUUCUUUUUUACACAGUCUAUCCACUUCCUCCUGGGUCUUCCUAUUGGCCUCCUUCCUCUAGGUUGCCAUGAUAUGUAUGUCCAUCUGUUGGUUUAUUUGGACGUUCAUUUAUAUACUUCAGAUAAAUCCUCUAGGGUAGUUAUUGCCUUAACAUGAAUGCUGUUUGGAAGUGCAUGAGGAAAUAAGUGGACUUGCUCUGUGUUGUAAUGUCUGGCUAAUGUUCUUCACAUGCAAAUGUUAGAAGAAUUCGGACCAGAAGUUAUAUUAUUUUUAUAUUUUUUUACGUCAAAGGAAAUAGCUCAAGGGCAAUAAACAGAAUCAGAGCCCGUUAAUCGCUGCUCCUGCAAAACCAAACAAAGGAGUGGCCAGAAGAGAGGUCAGUGGUUGGUUGGUAUGGUUGGUUAGACAAGUAUCCAUGCAUGAGUUCGAUUUUUAGUUCGCUUUUUUAAAGACGAUAUUGUACAUUUUACAUCCCUCAGUACCUCAGGGUGUGUUGGACCAUUUGUACUCAUCAGUUAGAGUAGUAUAAAAAAAAAGUUCUUGAGAAAAGUGAUGUAUUAAAGUGAGUCAAAGUGAGGUUGAUUAUACUUAAUUUUGACAGUAUCCUUUUUGUAUAUUAGCUUAUUUUGCAGAGCUUUUUUUCCUUUGAGUACUAAUUGGAUUGGUACAUUACUAAUUGGUGAACACAUCUUAAGUUGUUACCACUGCUGUUAUUAGUCCUUUUUUUAUUGUUUUCUCUCCGUGAGCCGUGGUCUGAACAUGGCUGGUGAGGAUACUUGUGUGUGGAGUGUGGAUUCAGGAAAGCUCAUUAUUACUAUUAUGUUUUAGUCAGCCAGAGAGUGUGUGUGUGUGUGUGUGUGUGUAAUUGCCAUUCCCAUUUCUUGAACAAAGUGAGGAUAAAUUUUAAGUUACUGGUGGAAGAAGACUAUGAAUGUGUGUGCGUGCGUGUGUAAUUGCUAUUCUCAUUUCUUAAACAAAGUGAGAAGUUUUAAGUUAGUGGUGGAAGUUGACUAUGAAUGUGUGUGUGUGUCACCCAUGUUGCAUGCUACCAAGCUGUCAGUCAUAUCACUUAUUGUCAUUAGAUGUAAGAGAUUAUUCAGUGUAUGAAUAAAAAAUAGAACCCACUCUGCCUCGUAGUAAACCUGAAAUCAA